AUGUCCAUUUUCAUCGUAGCGGCCAUCGGGAAUACGCACGCUUCAAGUGUCAUGUCCACAUCUGCAACGCUGCAGGGGAGAAUGGUCGGCCCGCUGGACAAGCGAAGGCGGAUGACGCGCUGCCUCAGCUGUGCGAAACGACGCAUCAAGGUCUGGAUUGUGAAGCUUAAAUUAUAUGGGAUCCGAGCAGCUAAUAUUUAG